UAUAAACGUCUGACGUCAUCAGCCUGCGACAAGCAACCAGAGCGCAACGAAGGAGAAAUGGCUGCAAGGUUAUUGUUGCGCUCGGCCUUCAGAGCCGCUACGACCUGCCGGGGGGCCCCGGUACCGGCUGUGACCCGCGGGAUGGCGGCUGGAGGGAUUCCUACCGAUGAGGAACAAGCUACCGGACUGGAGAAGGUCAUCAUGAACGCCAUGAAGGAGGGGAAGGACCCCUACAACAUGAUGAAGCCCAAGGAGUACGCCGGCUCCAAGGCCGACCCCCACCUGGUUCCCUCCAUCACCAACAAGAGGAUUGUGGGAUGUGUCUGUGAAGAAGACAACACGGCCGUGGUGUGGUUCUGGCUCCACGAGGGCGACGCCCAGCGCUGCCCGUCCUGUGGUUCUCACUACAAACUGGUGGCCCACGAGCUCCCCCAUUAGCUCCUCCAUAGCUGUUCUGAUAGAGCUCUGCUCCUCAGCUGUGUGUCUGCACACUGUCGGCUUCUCUCUCAGAUGUUCCUCCAACUAUCAGAACGCCCUUCUUCAGGCUGCAAGAUGUUCCAUUGGCUCUUUCUACUUCCUGGAGCCGUGAGUCCUCUCCUAAUUGGUCCUUGUUCUGACCUGCUGACCUAAUCAGUCUCUGCUUCACAUGGUAGUCGUUAACCAGGGACAACACCUGGUGUGUUUGGACCGUUUCCACUGAGAGACAGUUUACUCCGACUCUGGUUCUGUGUUCUACUUGCUCCACUUCCCUCUUUACAUCUACCAAUAAAGUCCUGAAACUUAAA